AUGUCAUUAGAACAAAAAAUAUUAAGAUUAAUUGUGGACGACCAAAGGUAUAUUCAAUAUAUAUCUCAAAAAACAAAAGACACUACCACAUAUAAGAUAAUAAAUAUUCCUGAGGAAUCAUUUCUAUCUAAAAGUUUCCAAGAACUAACUUUUGAUGAACUGUCACAAUAUUUAAAGGUGGUUUUCCUGGGCGAAACACCUCUAAAUUGGAAAAUUUCCAAGAAAAAUAUUCCCAAAAGAAUCUCUAAACUUCUACAUGAAAUAUCUCGAAAUGUGUAUAUGGUUCAAGCUCUCAGGAAUGAAGUAAAAUAUUUUUACGGUAGAGAUGUUAUUAUGAAAGAUGAUAAAUGUCAAAAUUAUGAUACCAAAACAAAAAUGACCGACAUUAAAAACAGAGGUGAUAUUUUAGGGAGUCUAGUAGAAGAAACCGAUAUGAACGAAUAUACGAAAAUUCAGAAGAAUUUGCUCAAAAAUAUAAAGAAGAAUCCCUCAAAAAGAGAAGCACCUUACCUUAAAAAGAGAAUAAAUGCCACUAACAGUCUACAAAAAAGAAAGAAAAUUCUUAAAUGUUUUAAAGUUGAUAACAAAAGAAACAAUUUUAAACAUAAAGUUAAGACUAGAGUUCUAAAUAUACCUGACUGUCAAAAUAUAAUCCCCCAAAGUAUUCGAAAUAUAAAAACCAAUUCAAUUGUGGCAACUGAUUUUGAUCUAAACUUCACAGAACGGGGAGAAAAUGGAGUAAGUCUUUUAUUUCAAGAUGUUUUUGAGAAGGCAGAAGGUAGACAACUACCAUCAUUGAACCUUAAAUGUGAUCGUAAGGAAGAAGGUAUACAUAAAUUUAUAAAACCCCCAAUACCUAGAAAAUUACAAUGGUCCAAAGAUAUAUGUUCAAAACACUUUCUAACCGGUAAAGAGAAUGGGCUCGAAAUGGUUUUUAACCAAAAAAUGUUAGUUCUCAUUGCACCUAAAAAGGAAAACAAAAUGCAAAGUCCAAAACAGCCGAAUGUUCCUCUUCUGAGUUGUCUAAGAGCAUGGAAAUGGAAUGAGUUAUACAUUCAAAUUUAUAAAUCAGAUUUUGAUGACAACUUGAUAAUCAAUUUUAAAACUAAAAAGAAGACAAAAUUUAUUUAUUUAUUUUUACCAAAAUAUAGAAGGUAUACAAAGGAAAUAUUUACGUUCCGAUUGAAUGAUAAUUGUAGACUACUUAAUAAAUUAAGGUUAGAAAAUACAAUUUGUCUAGAACGAAGUGUCAUUGACCCAACAUCAGAGAAGUCCCAAAAUAGUCAUCUUUUAUAUUUUUUGAGGGCAAACUCUGGUAAAUCUUUGGCAAAGUUAUAUACCUUUCUGAGAACAAGUAACCUAGUUUUAACUUGCAAACAGUUACCAGUAAUUACCCUUCCUGAUCAAAAGUUGUCUUUGUGUUUGCCAAAGAAUAAAAGGGUAUAUAGUUCUUUCGAUUACUUGUCGAGUUACAAACAUCCAACGAAGAAAAUUCUUGAAACCAAUUUAGGUUAUAAAGAAUGGAGCACACCAGUGAGACGUUUUAUUAAUGUUUCAAUAAUGGAAAUGACCCAAGUAGGGUCCAUAAGUUUCAACCCUCUUAAAUAUGAAGAAGGUUUGUAUCAACUUCGAGGUAAUGUAGCCAGAAAGCUUACUGAGACAGAGUUAAAUCAAUUAUGGAAUUUUGCAUCUCAUACCAAAGAUUCUUUUAAAUAUUUUCUAAAAAAGAAGCAAUUAACUUCCGAGAAAGAUAAUCAAAAUGGUUUAAAGUUUGAUUACCCAAUUGAAAAUAAUAUAGAAGGGUUUGCUCAAGAAAUUAAAAAGACAGUAAUAGGGGACUCCUCCUCUCUUUCCAAACUUCGUUCUAAGAAACGUUAUUUAUUUGUCUUAAAAAAUCUACUGUUUCUAAUUCCUUCAGAAUGCGCAAUAAUACCUUUUUUGACAGAAAUAAAACAAAACAUAAAAAUUGCCAGCAAAAGUUAUAAAGGUCCUCCAGCUCAUAUAAUCGAUCCUUUAAUACUUAAUAAACAUCAUCAUAUUCCUUGGCUGAGUAAUGAAUUAAAACUGGAAGAUUAUGAAAAAAAUGAUUAUAAUUAUUUUAAUCAUUUUUGCCGUAAAAUAUCUCUCAUACUGUAUUCAGUACAGUGCAUCGAUUUGACAGCAGUAACUGCUUUGCGCUUGGAAUCUUUAGAGUCAAGUAAAAAGACUCCCAGAUAUUCGAAGAAUUUGUUGAAUACACAACAUAAUUUUGGAAGUUCUUCUGUUGUUGUAUUGAACCGAGGCAAAUCCAAUGUGAAAUUCUUAUUCUCUUCAGAACAUGUCGCAAAUGAAUGGAUGACACACCUUACUCUAAUAAUGAAAUAUUGGAAAGAGUUUAAUAGGAAAGCUACGAGCUUUAGAAAUAAGGAUAAUGAUAUAUCAAACAAGAGUCUCGUUCCAAAAUCAACCAAUAACGGUGGUGUGUCUUACUUUGGCAAUGCUAGAUUAAUUUCAACUAAUAAUAGUGUUAUAUCAAUUUUAAUUUACCAUGGAAUUUUGUAUGUGAAAACUGGUAGAUAUAAUAUAUUCAAAAAAUAUUUAGUGGUACUAAUUCCGGGAACAUUGUUACUAUUUAAAACAAAAAAAAGAUCAUUUAGUAGAUAUAAUGAGGAUACUUUAAAAUAUACAAUCUCUAAAAUGGUAUCUUUGGAAAACAGUUAUAUAUAUUGCGGAAAUUCAAAUUUCCGAGGCCUAUUAUCGACAGAAACACCCAACGAUUUUCAUAAGUUUAAUAAUAAUCAUAUACCAAAAAUUUAUGAUGAUGGUUGGAAAACUACAGAAGACCAAUUCAGUAGAUCUUUUACAAUCCAUUUUGGAAGCUGCCAAAGAAAUUCAAUGACUAAAAUUAAUGAAGAAGGCUCUGUAUUGAAAGAUCAAAUAGGUCGGAUAUUCCCUAAAGAACCUUUUCGAUAUUUAAAAACCAAUAAUAAACCAAGCAACUUAGAUAGUCUCCACUUUUUAUCCAAUAAAACAACACAUUAUUUUCAGCAACAUCAAAUAUUCUUAACCAGGUCAGAACAGGAGAGAGAUUUAUGGGUAGCAUUGAUUUCAAAAGAAAUUGAAAGACUUCAAUAA